GUUCAGUUACCCCAGAAAAUCACGUGUGGGACGUUCUCUUGACUUCCUUUGCCAAAAAAGCUCAGAAGUCCACUUUUGUAAGACCAGAUCAAGGAAGGAAAGUGGUUUUUGAUAUAUGACUUCUGCUGUGGAUUGUUGACAUUAAAAGUUUAAAGGCCAGGGAAGCAUACAACCAUGAACAGGGCAUUAAGACUCCUGGUGUCUCACUCAAGAUUUGUGUUACCAACUUUCAGAGGGACCCCAUUUAGAACUCCAUACAUGUACUCUUCAAAUCCUCAAAGAGUUACAUGUAGAUAUCUCUGUCUUGCCAGAACUCAAACUAGUAACGUUACCACAGAAGAGAAAGACAGGCUCAUAGAACGGAUCGAUAGUUUCGAAGAUCACUCGGAAAUUCUGAACUUUCUCCACGAGAAUGAAAGAAGCCUUACCCCCGUACAUAUCAGUAAAGCCCUGGACGCGCUAUGGCUGAUCCAGUCACAGAAGGACAGAUAUCAACAGAGUUUUGACGCGGUAGGGAACAGCCCCGUGUUUGGGAAAGUUUGCGAGAUGGUCCUUCAGCAGUUAGGGGGAGAGAAGGUGGACAACGAGUUCGUGAUAUCUAGUCUGUACGUGCUCUCACGACUCGGACUCGAAGCAUCAAACGUUUUGAUGCAGCAGCUGUUCUUGAAGGGAUGUCGAAGCUUGGACGAACUGGAUAUUCCGCAGUUGUCGAAGUUCGUGGCGACUCUGCGUUACAUCGGCCCGAUGUACUACCGCAGCCCGGUAAUGGCAGAGGUCAUAGAGGUUGUGUGCCGCCGUCUUGGCGAGAUUACGCACAUACGCGAGUUCUCGCAGCUGAUGAUCGGCAUGGCACGACUUUCCUCUCCGGAUCUGAACCAGCAGUUGGUCGAGAAAGCUGCGGAACUGAUGGUGGACUGCGAAGACGACCGAAAUCCGAACAACGUCGGCCGCAUCCUCCGCGCCCUCAACAUCAUGAAAACGAAACACCGACAACUGCUGGAGAUGAUCAGCAGGUAUUUCCUCGCCGUAAUGGACGAACUCGACGUCCACACGAUAUUUCGGAUCAAAGACGCCGCGAAGGAUCUCGGCUACCACAACAGGGCCUUGGAGGAGGCCUUCCGCAGGCGUCUCCUGUCUUUGGUGCCUGAUUCGCACGACAGCUUCCGGAAGUCAAUGAUUCCGUGCCUGCUUUGGUGCCUGGGCCCCGUAGCGCCGACCGGCGUAAAGCGAAACCUCGAGACCCUCGCUUUGCGACAACUCCCAGAUCACAUCCAAGAGAUGGAACUUGUAACGCUCCUUCAAGCCCUGGAAGCGAUGCGUUGUCGUAACCAAAAUCUGCUACAAAAAGUGGCAAGGCUAGUCCAGCCUCAUAUAAAUCUCGAAGAUGUGAAGUUGAAACCUGUACUCCAGUCGGCUAAAACCUUCAUGGCGGCAGGUUACGACGAUCAAGCCUUCCUCGCGCAGCUGAGGUACACGCUCGUUUCCGUGGCGGGGAGCACGUUCAAGCCUCCCGUGGUCGCGGAGUGCGUGAACUGUCUGUCCCAGCUUCCCGGAGGAAGACUCGAGGACGCCGUGGUCAAGAAGAUCGACGCGAUGCUCCCGCAGUUCACGUUCGCCGAACUGGGGCUGAUCACGCAGAGCCUCCGUACGCUCACCACCAACACGACGGUCCAGAAGGCCAAUCAGAGAGCUCUGUCGGACCUCUUCAGGAACGUGAACGCCACGGUGAUCGAGCGGCUCCACCAUGUCACAACCUUCAGGACCCUCCAGAAGGUCGUCCUGUCGUACUACGUGGAAUCCCCCGCCUGGACGUCAACCUUUCUAAUCGACGAGAUCGUGAAGUGGUACGAGAGAAACCUCGGGGAGGUCGACAGACUGACAGGCAACAACUUAGCGUCCUGGGCGAUGGUGAUGUCGCGUACGCGCGUACAACACGGUCUCAUUCUCGACACCCUCGCGAACACCGCGGUCCGAAAAAUCCACACCCUGCAAAACGACCACCUCCUUACCAUCCUAUCCGUGUUCGGUUUCCUGAACUACAGUCCAACGAACGCGGAUGAGUUUUUCGGCGCCUGCGUAGACGCCAUUACGAAGAAGCUGUGGACUAUCCAACCCUACAUCCUGAUCAGACUGGCCUACUCCUUAGCUCUACUGCAGCAGCUACCAGCUGACGUUGUGAAGAGAGUUUUCCAGGUCAAGUUUCUGGAACAACUGGACACGUACCUGGAAAGAUCGAAGGACCACCACAACGCCCAGUUACGUGACACCCUGAUGCGCGUGAACCGCGCCGUGGUGCUGGAGUAUCCGGAGUACGACAUUCCCUGGUUCCAUGGACAGUACUGCAGCGAAGUCGCCAAGAAAGUUCCAGUCCUGGACGGUGUGGAGAAACAGAUACAGGAGGUUCUGACUGAUGUUUUGGGCGGACCUGAGUUUGUCAGGUCAAAGGUCAUCUCUCCUUACUUCCAAACAAUAGAUUUUGAGUGUUAUCUGACAGAGGAAGGCUCAGCCCUGCCAUGUGUGGAGUAUGGAGACUUCUGGAACAGAGCUGAGGGGUGUUGGCAGAAGGCUACCAAACCUCUACCUCCCACAGCACACAGAGUUGCUAUUGACUACCAGGAUGCCCGUGACUACUGUAGGAACUCCCAGCACCUACUGGGGCAUGUGGCCAUGCGGAAGCGCCACCUAGAGAUUCUUGGCUGUACUGUCAUUCAGAUUCCUCACUUUGAGUGGAACUCUAUGAAGCUGGCUACUGAAGAGUCCUGGAAGGAGUACCUCCAACAGAAGCUUUCUGCUGCAGUUGGGAAAUCAGUCACAAGGGGGCAGCAAUGACCUUCAAUGCAAAGUUACCAGAACUGGGCAAAUAUUGUUGCAGAAUGUGUAAUGUAGUAAAUCAAAGGAAAUGGUAGUUGUUGUUUUGAAAAAUUAAUGAUAUUUAAUAUCUAGGAAAUCAGAAUGAACAUUUAUUCAAUAAAGAUAUAUUGUAGGAUAAAAAUAUCUGUUGUCUCCCUUUUUUUCUAUGGUUGAAAACAAGGAGUCACAAAGUAGUGGGGGUGAAGUCUGCCAUCUCUGAUGUCUUGUGUGUGU